CUGAGGCUCAGCGGUCGCGGCGGAGCCGGCGGGCUCGGCAGCCGGGGACGCUGGGCGUGGCUGCGCCGCGGUCCCCGGUGCGUGCAGCAGGCAGGGCCGUGCGGCAGAUGGAGUCUUUCCAACUACAUUCCUGGACGGGCCUGGAACCUGGAUCCUCCUGGAUCUCAGCCUCCCAAGGAGCAAGGAUUAAAAGCAUCAGCCAUGGGAGUGGGCAUUUCUGAACACCCUGAAUGCCUGCCUGCCUGCCUUGGUCUUCCUUCCUACUAAAGGCAAAUGAAGAUAAAACAAUGUCUGCCAACCUAAAAUACCUUUCCUUGGGGAUUUUGGUCUUUCAGACUACCAGUUUGGUCCUAACCAUGCGUUACUCUAGGACUUUAAAAGAGGAGGGUCCUCGUUAUCUGUCUUCCACAGCAGUGGUUGUGGCUGAGCUUUUGAAGAUAAUGGCCUGCAUCUUGUUAGUCUACAGAGACAGUAAGUGUAGUCUGAGAGCACUGAAUCGAGUACUCCAUGAUGAAAUCCUGAACAAACCUAUGGAAACCCUCAAACUCGCUAUUCCAUCUGGGAUAUAUACUCUUCAGAACAAUUUACUCUAUGUGGCACUGUCAAAUCUAGAUGCAGCUACUUAUCAGGUCACAUAUCAGUUGAAAAUUCUCACAACAGCAUUAUUUUCUGUGUCUAUGCUUAGUAAGAAGCUGGGCGUGUACCAGUGGCUCUCCCUGGUAAUUCUGAUGACAGGAGUUGCUUUUGUACAGUGGCCUUCAGAUUCACAGGAGUUUGAUUCUAAGGAACUAUCAGCUGGCUCUCAGUUUGUAGGCCUCAUGGCAGUUCUCAUAGCAUGUUUUUCAAGUGGCUUUGCUGGAGUUUAUUUUGAGAAAAUUUUAAAAGAAACAAAGCAGUCCGUGUGGAUAAGAAACAUUCAGCUUGGUUUCUUUGGGAGUAUAUUUGGAUUAAUGGGGGUAUAUGUUUAUGAUGGAGAAUUGGUAUCAAAGAAUGGAUUUUUUCAGGGAUAUAACCGCCUGACAUGGAUAGUUGUUGUUCUUCAGGCACUUGGAGGCCUUGUGAUAGCUGCUGUAAUUAAAUAUGCGGAUAAUAUUUUGAAGGGCUUUGCAACCUCCUUAUCCAUAAUAUUAUCAACAGUGAUCUCCUACUUUUGGCUACAAGACUUUGUGCCAACCAGUGUCUUUUUCCUUGGAGCCAUCCUUGUAAUAGCAGCUACUUUCUUAUAUGGUUAUGAUCCCAAACCUACAGGAAAUCCCACUAAAGCAUAGUCAUGUACUGUCUUUAAUUGGCUUUUCAUGAUGGUGCAACUAGGAGUCUCAACAUUAAUCUUGCACAGAGGACUUCCACAAAUUCUGUGAAGAUACCGUCAUGCUGAAUCUGAUGAUAUUGUUGAAAUGUUUGAAAAUACACAGGCUUAAGGAUAAAGUAUGUGUACUGUAUAUGUAACAAAACACAUUACAUCCAGAAAUCAAAACUUGAACUGCUUUCCAGGGGUUAGAAUUAGAAGGAAUGUUAGGAGGAAGCUUGAAGUUAACAAGAGUUUACCUUUUGAUUGCUGCAGACAUGUUCUAUGCACUCUUUGCAAGAGCACAUAAUGUCAGAUAUCAAUUCUUGCAAAUUAGUUCUAUUUAAUCUUAUUAAAUUUUUAUUAGUCUUUAUGUACAGAUAAUCAAAUCAUGUGGAAUACUAAAAUUAUAAUUACCUAUAAAACUGAAAAAUUGAAAUAUGAUUUGAAAAAACAUUUUCAUGUAGCUGAGAUUUUUAUAUUUAUACAAAAGAUUACUAAACAAAGGACUGCUAAAUGUUAUUUAAUUACAUAAAAUUUGAUAAUAUUCUGGUCUGAUUUGUUGGAGAACAAAUUCAUAUUUAAAUUUAGUAUCAGGAGACCUCUAUUUCUCAUGUACAUCUUCAGACCUGUUAGUGCUUCAGGACAGCUGAAAGCAGUCCAGGUGGUCCUGUUCUGGGUAAGAGGUAGUGUGACGUUUACACUAACGGAGUUUCAGCCUUCAUCUCUUCAUCAUGCUUUUCUAUACAUCAGAUAAAUCCUUAAUGUUACUUUAAGUUACAUUUGUGUGUGGUUGCCAUUAAAGUUUUAAAAUGUAAUUUACGGUUGAGUAAAGACUCAUUUAAUAAUUUAA